CGAAUCCCUUCCCUCGACCACAGGUGCAUACGGCGUCAACAUGUCCGACAACGGGGAAGUCGAGGUCGCGUCCGGAGCCUACCAGGUUCUCCCGAAGGAUGUUCUUGCAGAGAUGGGCACCGUCAAGCUCUUCAACAAGUGGAGCUACGAGGACGUCGAGAUCAGAGAUAUCUCCCUGACCGACUACAUUCAGAUCCGCUCCCCUGUCUACAUCUCCCACUCUGCCGGUCGUUAUGCCGCCAAGCGUUUCCGCAAGGCUCAGUGCCCCAUCAUCGAGCGCCUGACCAACUCGCUCAUGAUGAACGGCCGCAACAACGGCAAGAAGCUCAUGGCUGUCCGCAUUGUUGCCCACGCCUUCGAGAUCAUCCACAUCAUGACCGACCAGAACCCUCUCCAGGUUGCCGUUGACGCCAUUGUCAACUGCGGUCCCCGUGAAGACAGCACCCGUAUCGGUUCCGCCGGUACCGUCCGUCGCCAGGCCGUCGAUGUCUCCCCUCUCCGCCGUGUCAACCAGUCCAUCGCUCUCCUGACCGUCGGUGCCCGUGAGGCUGCUUUCCGCAACAUCAAGAGCAUUGCUGAGUGCCUUGCUGAGGAGCUGAUCAACGCCGCCAAGGGCAGCUCCAACUCCUACGCCAUCAAGAAGAAGGACGAGCUUGAGCGUGUUGCCAAGAGCAACCGGUAAAGGGGAUAUUGUUUGGCGCGAUUCUCCGUUUAUUCCCGUUUUGACGUUUCCAUCGGAGUGGACGGGGGGUUCAUCAGGGUUUCAGUCGGUUCGCAUACUUCUAUCUGCGCGACUGUACAUAUUUUACAAAAAAGACAGUCACGGAAGCAGCAGGGGAAAAAAAAGACAGUUCCAUCGAAAAACAAGUGAAACCGGACGGC